GACUGAAGGAGUGAGGGUAGCGGGGGGGCCAGCGCCAGUAGUGGCUGUGACGGCCGUGGGAGCACCCAGCAGGUCCAUACUCUUCACCAGUCAACUCAUUCACUACUCACAGAGUAAAGAAGCGACUUCACCUAAAUACGAAACCAGAGAGCCUUGCCUCCCAUAUUGAAAGUCUUCCUUAUGUUCUACAUCUUUGCGACAUCAAUAAAGGUAUAACCAACGGACAGUCACAGCCAACAGCUCCCAGUACCAUCAGUAGGUUUUUGGCUCACUGAAAAUGGCUGCCAGCUACCCCAUUGAGUGUAAAGUGUGCCACGAGCACUAUGACCUGGAACAUCGACGGCCACGUAGUCUGCCCUGUGGGCAUCCAUUCUGCUCGGCUUGCAUAACAAACAUGAUCAAUGUUGGUGAGCUUACCUGCCCCAUCUGCUGUACCAAGCACAAGGCUACAAUCCCUACACAGUUCCCAAUAAAUUAUGGUAUGGAGGAAAUUAUAGGAUCAUUUGAGAAUAUAAAGAUUACAAUGCCAACAUCAGCACAACCUGAUCAAGGCUGUCUCGGAGGCAUUGGCAAGAAGCUACAGUCACUGAUUCAGGAACAACAGAACAGCUUGAGUAACCUCAGUGCUCUUAACCAGGAUAUGGUUCACCAGUUGGGCGUGUACGAGGCCCAGCUCUUGGAAUGGCAGAGUGACCAUUAUCAACUUCUCACCGUACUUAAUGACUCUGCAGAGCUAUUGCAGAAAGAAUUGAGUAGUGUGCAGACUUUGAAGAAAAACGGUGAGGAACAGGAGAAGCAGCAGCAGAGUAUGUUGAAGCAUGUGACAUCUGUCACCACUGCACAAGAAGCCUUAAUUGCUCUUGAGGAGACUGAACUCUGCAAUACUGAGGUGGAAAGCUGGGUCCAAAAGUGCAGGAAUCUCUUCCCAAAUGUUGGCAUAAUUCGUUCUUCUAUGAAGGUCAAUGAGAUCCUAAGGAAAACUCUUGAGUUCUUUAAUGAAGAAGAAUCAAGUUCCACAGUUUGCCAGAGUGACUUGAAAAGCCCUGUUGUGCAUGGAGAAGAUUCAUCCACCACCAUUAUAGAGAAAAUGAAGCAAGUUACCUCAGUGUCUGUUAAAAAAUCAAGGCAUGUGAACUCUGAAGUGAGGGACCUGUCGAGUUCUGGCAAUGUCUAUGCUGUCCGUAAGAAGAGUGAUGGUAACUGCACCUAUUACAGGAUGGCACGAGAGAAAGGAAAAGUUCAUCUUUUCUCACAAGAAAAGCGACUACCUCUCGGUUUCCACACAGUGCAAAGCAGUUUAAGGGUUAAAACCAGCUGCUUCAGGUAGAUGGGACUUGACAGCCUGGGAAGGCAGCUCAUCGAGGGGAGUAAAACCCUGAUUUCAAACCUCAGCUGCCUUGUGGCCAUAACCACUUUUGGGAAAGGCUGUAGGAGUCAACCUGGAGGAAAAAUCCGGAGUUGGAGCCGCUAAGGAAGUUUGUUGUUGACGUCAACCUCUCACUGGCAGCUCCUGCGAUGGUACUGGAACCAAGUGUAUUGAUGCUUGCCUUUCCAUUGGAAAAUUUCAGCUAUGUGGAAAAGGGGAACCUGCUGUAUGGGGAUAACAGCUUUUCCUCCAUAUUGACCUACCCAGGCUUUGCGCCCUGGAAGGAUUGACAACCAGAGCGCAACUCCAUAGUCUACCAAGACUGAAGGAUUCCUACUACUACUCUGGUGAGAAUUAGG